UUCCCUGAGUUACAUGACGAAGACAGUCGUUGAUAAUUAAAAAAAAUAGAAAGCGCAGGUGGAGGUGUAAAGCGGUAGUUGCCCCGCCCACUCCGGAAAAGUCGACAUUAUUUUGAUUUUUUAAGGUGACGUGGAGAAGGCAGUUUCACUGGUCUAUCCACGGCAUCAUGCCUUUUUAAAACAGUACAAUCACUUCAGGGUUGGAUGUAGCCCGUGGAUCGCUUAUAACUACAGCUGGCUCCAGAUAAUGUUAUGGAAUAUUUGUAUUUGAUUUGGGCAAGCUCUCAGAAACACGGAUAAAACGGACUGUCUUCAGGCCUGGAAUCCGAAAAAAUCCUGCGAGCAGCAUCGACAGGGGCUGACAUGACGUCAAGAUUGGGCUUAUUCGGGCACCAGCACUCCGCUGGGGCGAGGAGGUACUGCGUAUUGGCUCUGUGCCUCCUGUCCCAAAUUGGAUGGGCUUCGAGCUACAAGCAAGGAGAUCCAGUGGUCCUUUAUGUCAACAAAGUCGGGCCCUACCACAAUCCUCAGGAAACUUACCAUUAUUACACCUUACCAGUCUGUAGGCCAAAGGAGGUGCACCAUAAAGCUUUAAGCCUGGGGGAGGUGCUGGAUGGGGACAGGAUGGCAGAGUCCCAAUACAACAUUCGCUUCCGGGAGAACACAGACAAACAGACACUGUGUCAGAUGACCCUGGAAGAGAAAGAUAUGGAGCAGCUGAGGGAGGCCAUUGAGGAGCUGUAUUAUUUCGAGUUCGUCCUGGAUGACAUUCCCAUCUGGGGCUUCGUGGGCUACAUGGAGGAGAGCGGAUUCCUUCCUCACAGCCAUAAGGUGGGCCUGUGGACUCACCUGGACUUCAACAUCGAGUAUAACGGUGACACAGUGAUCUUCGCCAACGUGUCGGUGAAGGACGUGAAGCCGGUUCCUCUGGAAGAAGGGGCGCGGCUGACGCAGGGUGGCAUGGGGGGCGCGGGCGCCGGCCUCACCGUCACGCACACCUACAGCGUGCGCUGGUUCGAGAGCCCGCUGCCGUACGCACGCCGUGCGGAGCGCCUGCGAGACUACUCCUUCUUCCCCAAGACGCUGGAGAUCCACUGGCUCUCUAUCAUCAACUCUCUGGUGCUGGUGGUGCUGCUGCUCGGCUUCGUCAUCAUCAUACUCAUGCGCGUCCUCAAGAACGACUUCGCCAGGUAUAAUGUCGAGGAGGACGGGGGUUGCGAUGACCUGGACCAGGGGGAUAACGGCUGGAAGAUCAUCCACACCGAUGUCUUCCGCUUCCCUCCGUACAAAAGCCUGCUGUGUGCCGUGCUGGGAGUGGGCACGCAGUUUCUGACUCUAGCCACAGGCAUAAUCAUCAUGGCCUUACUGGGGAUGUUUAAUGUCCACCGCCACGGUGCCAUCAACUCGGCGGCCAUAGUGCUGUAUGCGUUGACCAGCUGUGUGUCGGGCUACUGCUCCUGCAGCUUUUACACACAGAUCCACGGCCAGCGCUGGGUCUGGAACAUCAUCCUCACCUCCAGCCUCUUCUCAGCUCCGUUGUUCCUGACGUGGAGCGUGGUGAACUCGGUGCACUGGUGGAGCGGCUCUACCCAGGCGCUGCCGGCCUCCACGGUGCUGCUGUUGCUAGGCGCCUGGGUACUGGUGGGCUUCCCGCUCACCGUCAUCGGGGGCAUCGUGGGUAAGAACCGGGCGGGCAGCUUCCAGGCGCCGUGCCGCACGCGCAACAUUCCCCGCCAGAUCCCCCAGCAGCCCUGGUACAAGCACACCGCCGUGCACAUGGCCAUCGGGGGAUUCCUGCCCUUCAGUGCCAUCUCGGUGGAGCUGUACUACAUCUUUGCCACGGUGUGGGGCCGCGAGCAUUACACCCUGUACGGCAUCCUGCUGUGCGUCUUCGCCAUCCUGCUGUCGGUGGGCGCCUGCAUCUCGGUGGCUCUGACCUACUUCCUGCUGUCGGGGGAGGACUACCGCUGGUGGUGGCGCAGCGUGCUGAGCGCCGGCUCCACCGGCCUCUUCAUCUUCGUCUACUCGGUCUUCUACUACCGCAACCGCUCCUCCAUGAGCGGCGCCGUGCAGAGCGUGGAGUUCUUCGGCUACUCGCUGCUCACGGCGCUGGUCUUCUCCCUCAUGCUGGGCACCGUGUCCUUCUGGGCCUCGCUAGCGUUCAUACGUUACAUCUACCGCAGCCUCAAGAUGGACUGAACCCAAAUGCAGCGCGGCUGACCUUGUGGUGAUGGUGGAGGAGGGGGUUAAGAUGGACUAAAAGCAAUGCAACAUAGUAACACAGUUCAGUUGGUUCUAGGGGGGGGGGGGGGGGGGUUGUCAGUCUGAAGAUGGACUGAACACAACGCCAUGCAGCUUAUUUGUGCCAAUGAGCAGUUUUCAGGGCAUGGCUAACAGCAUGUAUGCGCACACACAUGCAUACAUACUACACACACAGACAGUCUUAUAUACAUACAAAUUAAAGCGAACACACAUUCUUAAUAUUUGAGUGCUCCAAGCUCCAGCGUCCCAGAGGCUCCUGAUGUGGGGACAGGUUCAUUGGGGACGCAGUUGGGAAUCGGCCUCAGAAGACUCUAGUGCAAGACUGUUUUGCACCAGCCCCGAAUGAUUCACGAUUUAUGCCUGAGCUGUUCACCUUUUUUUUCGUUCGCUUGUUUUUUUGUUUUGUUUUUUUUCCUUCGAUUUUAAGAUGGUAGGGUUUUAUGUUAUAAGGGUCUCACCAAACAGGCAUCCAUGUGUUACUUUCUCAAUGGACCUUUUCGUUGUCGGAGAAGAGGGGGCGGGGGGUUGUGCUGGGGUGG